AUGGUUAGAACAACAGAUGAAAUCUGGGAUGAGAUAAUCGAGGUCCUAUUCCUGAAGGGGGACAGAAAUCGCCUUCCAGCAUACCUCAGAAUGUUGGUGGAAAUGUUGACGACGAGGGCAACAAUAUCAGCAGUCCCAGGCUUUUCUGAAAGACCUAGUGGUAACAAUAGCGUUAAUGAGGCAUGGAAUAAUAUCAGCCUACUUCAGCAAACAGCAUUAGGACCCCAAGGUAUAGACGAUCUCGACAUGCUGCAAAAUCGUGAUGAAGAGGUGCUGGAACAACUACAUCACGGUGCGGACCCAAGGCCACAGAGAGCUGAUGAACAGGCACAGUCAAGUUCUUGUGUAGAACUGCAGAGAGACAGGUGCAAGAAGCGGAAGGUCCCAGACAUCGAGCAUAUCAUUGAGACCUAUUUGAAUUUCAGAAUGAAGCAAGCUCGUGUCAAAGAACAAAGAGCAAAGGAUGCUGAUCAGUUCACGAUUUCAAGCUGUAUCAAGGCUCUGCACACCAUGGCCGAUGUGUCAGAUGAGGUCAAGGUAUUAGCCUCUGAUGUUUUCAAGGACGCUGAGAACAGGGAGAUCUUUCUUUCCUAUGAACCCAGGCUGCGCACCUUGUGGCUCAAGAGGGAAGUUGGCAAGCUACUCUCCUGGUAG